AUGCCUGUAGGCGAAUGGGUGACACCAUCGCAAACCGAACAGGCAUUCCUGUUGCAGGCGCUCAAGACAUCGGCAACUCGUGUCGAUGGUCGGAAGUUUGGACAAGGUCGUCCUAUUGAUAUCCAGUUCAAUGAAAGGCUAGGUUGGUGCCAAGUAUCGAUAGGUGAUACCAUUGUGGUGGCCUCCGUCGAGGCAUCCCUAGGCCCACCUCGUGCUGAACGGCCGUAUGAAGGCCAGCUUCAUAUUGUGACAGACAUCUCUCCGAUGGCAGGUGUUGAGUAUGAUGCCGGCGGUGUAGCGGGCGCGACGGAAGCACGUGAGCGCGAAGCGUUGUUUGAUCGCAUGAUCGAUCGCGCUGUACGUCAUACGGAAGCUGUGGAUCGCGAAGCCCUAUGUAUUGUGGCCGGCAAGGUCGUGUGGUGCGUCACACUGACCGUCCAUUUGAUGGCGGAUGCAGGUGCACCUGUAGAUGCAGCUGUAUUGGCCAGCUUUUUGGCCUUACGACACUUCCGCAAGCCUGAGGUCUCGGUAGUGGAUGGCGAAGUCAUCGUGCAUUCCUCUGACGAACGUGUGCCUGUACCAUUAGCAUGCCAUCAUCUCCCUUUGGCCGUGUCGUACGCCAUCUUUGUCGUGCAGCCGUCCACGGAUGAAGAACGAGCUUUGCUCCUGGCGCAGUCACGUACAGCCUCAGCAGGGCUGGAUGAGCAUGAUAUGGACGUGGACAAUGCACCAACCGACGUGGAUGUCCCUGUUGCUCUGUUGGAUCCGUCACUAUUGGAGCAGACACUGGCGCAUUCCAGCAUUACUUUUGUGAUCAAUGCACAGCGCGAAGUCUGUGUACUCGAUAAGGCGGGUGGUGCCUCGUUGCCCUACAAGGCCAUCCUUGCUCUCCUCCAAGAUGCUGCGAUACGGGCGGGCGAACUCAAUAAACUCGUGGAGGCUGCCCUGACCAAGGACGCGAGUGAGCGUGUGGUCUCUGUAACGUAG